GUUUGCUCUGCUCAGCCCUGUCACGUCCUUCCUUCCAGUGUUCUAGUCCGUACCUUCGUUCCAGCCUUCGACGGUCCUCGUCCUCCAUGUCACAACAUACGAGCACUGGCUUUGAUGUCAGCCAUGUAAUGAAUUACAUCACUUUAACACAGACCUUGGUCGAAUCCUUCAACACACUCGCCAACGAAGUCCAAAGCCUCACCGACAUGAAAACGGUUCUCGAACAUAAACUUCGGUUCGCUCACGAGCAGUACCAACGUUUGGCAGAUAAACAUGCGCCUGCAGCGCCAGAAAUUGCCGAGACGCUGGCCAAGCUGCAACUCCCUCCAGAUCUUCGCCACCCGAAAAUAGAAAACGUAACGUUAGUACCGCUCCCCCGUCGCACCAAGCUCGACACCGGCAACCAGGUUGCUCUCACUAUCCGCGACGGCCGACGUGUUGCCAACCAGCUGGAAGCCUUGAUAGACCCCCGAAAGACGAGCUUGUCUAGCAGAAACGACACCAUUUCACGGAACUCGGGGACAAGCACAUCCAUGUCUACAGUACUCGAGCAAGACUUCACCAUCGAGGGGAAGAAGGGCAAGUUGGAAUGCCCCUUCCCCGCACCAGCCAACGCCGACAACACUACCGGGCCGCGCGCCGCCGAGGAGAGCUCCCAGGACCCGACCCCCCAUCACUCUUCAGAUCCAAUAUGCGCAGCCAUGUACGAGGAAUCCCAGGAAUCCAUGUCGAAGCCCGCUGAACAAGACGCGAAUGGAGCCGGGCCGGCCAAAUGUCCCAUCCGGUUUUUAGACAAACACUCCCCGGAGGAAAUUGCUCACUACGUUGAAACCCACAAACACGAACUACCGCGCAGCCAUGAAGUGUGUCUCAGGAGAAACCAGAGAACCGAAGAUCAAAUAAGGAAACUCGAUGCGAAAUACGGGGAUAUCGUCGGCAUGAUUCAAGACCUGAGCAACCUUCAUAAGCGCAUGCUGCCUACGUCGCAGGUACAGCGGGAAAUCGACAAGGCCUCCAACGAAAGGGUGGAGAACUGGGCCAAGGCCGUCACCUCGAGCACCGCCCAUGGCCAGGAGCCGCCGGCUGACGCCCAUGUCGAGGCCGACCCUGCCGACGCAGACGCCGACGCCGACGCCGACAGGGAGGGCCACUUCGACCGCCCCUUCAAGGAAGUCCGAGUCGGUGAGUCGCCCAGUAGACCAUGGGGCAUCUCCGUGCCGCGGUACGAGCCCCACGGCUUGGAGGAGGAACAGGGGCCGCCGCCCUCUCCGCCGCCGGCGCCCGUGGUCAUGCCGACGUCGUCCGAGGGGCAGCAUCCAUCAACGCCCAUGAAGAGUGCGGGGGGCAAGUGUCCGUUUGACCACUCCAAGAUGGCUGCCCUCAUGAAUGGCCGUGGCGCUCCCCCGCCACCGAUGGGCCCUCCAAAACCGGCAGGGGAUGUCAUGAUCGAUGGCCCCAUACGGCCCGAGACGCCGGUUAAGGAACAGGAACAGGAACAGGCACCGCCGCCUAUACCUCCUCCUCAACCCACGUUCAUUAAUCCUCCUCCUCCUCCUCUCCCUCCUCCCCCUCCUGCCGCUGCGCAGGAGAUGAAGCAAGGUGGCGUAACUACGCCGCAGAUGAUCUUCACAGGACCGGUAUUCAUCGGGUACCCGACCGAGCAGGCGAUUCAGAUCAUGCAGCAUUAUCAGGGAAGACAAUAGUGGGUUUGGUGUUUGUCUGUUUAUUAAUUUUCUUUUCGUAAUCAUAAGCGUCGGCGUUUUGAUAUGGCGCGUCACAUGGCCUCGGCGCGAGACGCAUUUUUGCCUUCUUCUCUAACAAACAAUUUCGGGUCGAGGAGGCUUGGGAAGCGAAAUCAAACGGGUAAUACCAGAUACCAGCAACGCAGUAUGGAAGAAUAAAAGAAAGGUCCAGGCC